CCCAUCUGUAUGUGCAAGAAGGGCUGGAGAGGACAGGACUGUUCACUGGAUGUCAACGAGUGCCAAGAGACCGAGGACAGUCCCUGUGAGCACGGAGGCACAUGCAUCAACUCAAAUGGCUCCUUCCAUUGCCAGUGUCCUGUGGGCUUCACUGGGAACUUCUGUGAGAAGAACAUCAACGAGUGCAUCAGUAAUCCCUGUCAGAAUGAUGGCACCUGCCUUGACGAGACUGGAAAGUACAGCUGUAUUUGUAUGCCAG